CCAAGCCAUGAGUUGGAUGCACAUUCUGAAAUUUGCGCAAUCACCACAGAUUAUGCUAUUAAAUUACAAGAAUGUGAUGGUAGAUUACGUAGGUUAUUGGGUGAUGUAGCUAAAAGAAAAAAUGAGAUACUGUGUAAAAGAUGCCGAUACACUAGGAGAAAUUGGCUUAAAGGCUGCUGAACUUAAAGAAACAUCAAAUCGUCGUGAUACUCUGCGAAAAAUCGAAAAGUAUUCAAAUAAAUUAGGACGAUUAGUCGAUGAAAUGGAAAAAAACGCUAAUAGUGAUGAAAAUAUCUCGAUUUACGCUAAGAGAUUACUCCACGUGGUUCAAGAGAAACAUGAAACUCUCCGAUCCUAUUAUCAAAAAUUACGCUCAACAAGCGCAUUGUCGAAUGCCGGCACAUCAUCCGCGAUUGCCGCUGCCGCAGCAGCAGCUGCUGCUGCUACUGCUGGAAUUGAAAGAGAAGGUUUACGUAUACCAGCAAAAGUUAAUAGGAAGCAAUCGAUGUCAAGUCGUGUUUUAUCAACUUCAGCAACAAACAAAAUGUCGACAAGCUAUAAAUCAACAAGAUCUGAUCGUAAUCGCAGCAAUAGUAGUCAUAAAGAUGGUAGUACUGCGUCAUCUCAUAAACGACAAGACAGCAACGGUUCAAUGUCAUACGGUAAGAUGCAUCUUGAAAUCGAUUCCGACAUUCCUCCACCACCUCCAAAAGGUGGUAAAAAAUUAAUAUCACUUUUUGCAGCGAUGUUACGUGGAGGAAAUAGUCGUGGUUCAAAUCUUAAUUCACCCCUUAAUAAAGAUUCUGUAACACCCAGUACACCAGUUACAAAUGGAGAAAAAAUAGGAUCAAAAACUAAAAUACCAAGUAUACAAGAUUUCGAAAUUAUUAAACCAAUCAGUAGAGGCGCAUUUGGUAAAGUUUACUUAGCAAGAAAGAAAACUACGGGAGAUCUUUAUGCGAUAAAAAUCCUGAAAAAAGUUGAUAUGGUACGUAAAAAUAUGGUAAAUCAUGUAUUAGCAGAACGUAGGGUACUUAGUCUGUCAAGAACUCCGUUUGUCGUAAAACUUUAUUAUGCAUUUCAAAGUCAAGAUUACUUGUACUUGGUUAUGGAAUAUUUAAUUGGUGGUGAUUUGUCAUCAUUGCUUCAAAAUUUUGAAAGAUUUGAGGAAGAAAUGGCAAAAAUGUAUACAGCGGAAGUUGUAUUAGCUCUUGAAUAUUUGCAUAACAACGGUAUAACACAUAGGGAUUUAAAACCUGAUAAUAUGCUUAUUACAUCGGAAGGACAUAUAAAGCUGACAGAUUUUGGAUUAUCAAGAAUAUCUAUACCAGAAAAAAGUUCUUUAUCAUUUGUCAAAGAAAGUGAUGGCAAUGAUAAAAAAUCGUUUGCAAAAAGUUUAAGAUCAGGCAGCAUAGAUUCGAGGGCGGUUACAUCUCAUUCACGUCCAGUAUCUGCAGUAUUUCCAAAUGAAAAUCCUAAGAAAGUGGGACAUGUGAAUUUUCAUGGAUUAGAUAAUGGGAAAUCUUCACCGAAAUCAACAAUAAAUGAUAAACCAUCGACGAACAAUGCAUCAAAAUUAUUCAAAAGACAAACUAGACAAAGUUCUAAAGCUUUAUUAGGAACACCAGAUUAUCUUGCACCAGAAUUAUUACUUGGUAUAGGACAUACAACAGCUGUUGAUUGGUGGUCAUUAGGAGUAUGUUUGUUUGAAUUUUUAGUAGGAUAUCCACCGUUUAAUGACGAUACACCACAAUCAAUAUUUAAAAAUAUUUUAAAUCAUGAUAUACAAUGGCCACCUGAGGGAUUUUUAUCAGCAGAAGCAAAAGAUUUAAUAACAAAAUUAUUAAAUCAAGAUCCUGAGAAAAGACCUUCAUUAUCAGAAAUUAAAGCUCAUCCUUUCUUUAGAGAUAUUGAUUGGGAUCAUAUAAGACAACAACCUGCACCUUUUGUGCCAAAUCCUGAGGAUGAACAAGAUACGAGUUAUUUUGAAGCUCGUAAUAAUCGAGCUGAUAUUAGAAGAUUAUCGUCAGGUAAUAUUGAUGAUAUUGCUACGGGAAAAGUAACUACACCAGGAGAUCGUAGAUCUGGACUAUUCGAUGAUGAUGAUAUUGAUAUAAUGAACGGUUUUGCUAGUGGAAAUGGGAAUAGUAACGGUAGCAAUAACAAUAAUGCGGGAACACCUAAUUUGUUAUUACAUACUGUUACUGCUGAACCGAUCGAAAGUCUACCUUUAAAUUCAGGUCCUCCUUCACCCUCUCGACAUAAACCUGAUUUAACUAUUAAUACGCAUCUUCGAGAAAGACGUCAAUCUUCGUUAAAACCACCAUUACCUGUAGAAGAAGCACAACAAAUACCCGUAAAACCACAACAAAAACGUAGGCCUUCUUUAUUAAAAUUAACAGCAGGUAAAUCACGGAAGCCUUCAAUUAGCAGUGGUACAAAUGAUGGAGGAUUAUUAUCAUCGUGUUCAUCGUCCGCGACCCCUAUCACAUCGACAACACAGCCUGCUUCUGCGUUAGUUUCACCAUCAACAUUUAAUCAUUCAAGACGUUCAACAAUUGUCGGAUCACCAACGUUAUAUGAUUUAGAACUAAAUGCUGGAAUGUACGAUGCUGAUAAAUUACAUAUUGGUAGCCAGCCAAGAAAUACCCGAAUCAAUGAUUCAGACUUUGACGCCUUUGUUUACAAAGGUGUUUCAUUUUUGGGCGAUGUAAAUAGAGAUGUAUUAUCUUCUGGUAAUAAUACUAACAGUAAUAGUAGCGUAGGUGGUAGUAAUAGUGGUGCUAGUUCUAUGAAGAAAUCUUCGAUCGCUGACCUUAAAGAUGCGCAUUAAAAAAUUGCAUUAUUAAAAAAAAGUUUAUGGAACAAUGGACCCUUUGAAUC